AUUACAUUGACUCGGACCAACUUACGUCUGCCACCUACCCUUUUUGGCCAGUUGGAUUAUUGGGCUAAACAUUCACCACUUCUGUUUGUCUACUACUAAUAAGCUUGUCUGCUUUCAAUAGGCUACAACACGCAUUUGCUUCAUUGCUACCUGUCAUAACUCGUCUAUUGCAGACAUUCACUGCUCAUACUAGCAACCGGACACUUUUGAUAGCCGUACCAACUUCUGUCUUUCCUUCAAAACAAUAUCAGACAUUGGCUUGAAUCAUAGCAAUCCACUCACACCAGGAGGAAUAGCUACAUAUUGACUUUUAUUUAACUCUUUCCAUAUCCAUAAAUGGCAUCCACAGCGUUCGGACUGCUGUCACCACAGACUCCUGUUCGAGCUCGAACACUUUCGCAACUACAAGCCCCAAUUCCAUCAAUUGAUAUCAAAUGUGUAUUGCCACUGAGCCCUAUUGGGUUAGUAGCUGGCAACGAGCAUUGCUUCAAGGCUCAAACGCAUGCAGAGCCUGCUUUUGGACAAUGCGAUCACUCAACAAAUAGGUCUAGAGAUAAACCACAAGACUCCACAGGUAUCGCUGCUCUGUCCUUUAAAGCCACCUCCUGUACCGCCAAGAUGCCAUCCACUCUCUCCAGCAACACUGCUGUCAAUUGUCCGCGCUCGCUUAAAAAUAAAACUUCGGGUCUGCUGCAAGUAUCCGCUGACGUCGUGUCCGAACCCACAACGCCAAUUCUGCGCGACUUAUACAUCACAUCCACCCCUACUGUCACUCCUGUCAGCACUACUGUCAGUGCUCCUAUCUUUACUUCACUCUCUACUUUUCAUCAGCCCUGGCAAAGCUUAGACUUUCAUUCUACUAUGUUGGUCGAGUCCAGAGAUAGAACAAAAAGCCUAAACUUCUCCCUCACCUCUGGUGCCGCGCCUUCGCUAGACACGAUGAGCGAUGCUGACUUGGGGACCCUAUCAGAUCCUUGCGAAUACUCUCAUGAUACCAUUCCCACUGGUUCUGGGCCUACGAAAACUGUCGAUAGCAACUAUACUCACUCUGUUGAUACUUUGAAAAAGACGUCCAGCUCUUUUUUUCAGACUGUUGAUACUCUGGUUUAUGACUAUCUUCCAAACGGUUCUACUACAAACCAUCCCUUUCGGGAUACUCACUUGCAUAGCACCAAGUCGUUUUGGCCAAAGGAAAGAGUCGCUGCCUUGUCCCCGCAACUUACAGAUUUGUCUUCCGACGCAACUAUCUGCUCUAGAUGUUGUGGGCAGUCGAGCUGCAAAUGCUCUGCUCUUAGUCCUAUCAAAAGCGUUACCAGUACAACUACAAGCCAUGAUGUGGAUCAUGGCUGCGACUCCUUUUACACAAGUCCUAUCGUUCAAGUAAAAUCUUUGAUCACUUCCAUAUCCCCAUCUGCUGCACCACUGGUCGCAUCCGCUAAUCUCCCCAUGGUGGUUGUGAUGGAUGCUGAAAAAACUGGCACUGCUCGAGUAUGGAGAACACAUUCUUUACCAUCGCAGCACUGUUCUACUAUUAGCAACAGCACAUGCAUGGUCAAACCAACCACAGUAGCCUUGCAACCCUAUUUAUCUUUUCCCCCGAUCUGUGAAUUGCCAAAAGCAACAUCCAUGUCCUACUUGGAUAGUGCGACUUCAACGUUCAAACCAUCCAAUGACUGUCGUCGUCGUUUUCCCAAGAGCAAGCUGACGCGAUCGUCUGUAUUUCGUGGCUCAUCAACCGCCGGCCAUCUCGUUGCUAUACCGUCCAGCCCCUCACUAGUCUCCGCUGUAGCAUGUCCCAGCACCAUGACAAAACUCACUAUACUAUCAAACCUAUGUAGUCAGGUUCUUGCGUCUCAUCCACUAUCACCCACAACCAACCCUUGCUCUUCGCUAACAUUAGUUGCACAAUAUGGCGCACCGCCCAAUCCAUAUCUUGCUUUAUCAAAAGCAAAUCCCACUUUCACAAGAUCAUCUCCAAAUGCAUCAGGUGUUAAACGAGCCAAUCCAUUUGAUCAGUUCUUUGUUCCCAAGAGAUCAUGCAAAGUCAAUUCACUUAGACCAUCCUUUUCUGAGCCAUGCAUCAUCCAAUCGAAUACAGCAUCAUUUCCAGUGUCAUCAUCAUCAUUUUUGGCCUCGUCCAUUACGCCUGAUUCAUCUAGAGCAUCAAUAGCCUACAAUACAUGCCAUGCUGGCACAUCACAAGUUCUCGAGAACAAGUCAUGCCAAGAUCUAAACUGAAAUUUAUUUCAUGCCUUUUGUAUCCCCUGUUUAUUGCUUGGCUUUUUCAUCACAUUCGCUUCUUCUAUUUUUCACCCAGUACGACUCUGUAUUACCAAGUAUAUCGAUUUAGAUAUAAAAUAGUUUUUGUUUAUUGAUU